CACGUAAUCUUUGCAAAAUUCUUCUUUUCUUUCUCUCUGCCGCGUUGUUCUUUCUUCCCACUAAAGGGUUUAAUCCCAUGUGCAUAUCUGAAUGAUUCCACCCUUCUUGAAUCUUGAUCAUUGUUUCCGAUUUCCCAAGUUUUAAAUUUUCAAUCAUGACUGAAAUUGAAGUUGAUCUGGAAAAUGGGAGGAUCAAGAUAAACAUUGAUAACGAUGAAGAAACAGAUGAUACGAACCAGAGUCCAGAUGAGGAAGAUAUUAGAGAAGUAGAAGAAGAAGUGAGAUUAUUACCGAUUAACAAGGCGGCGAAACCGCCUCGGCCGCCAAGAGGGCCAUCAAUAGAUGCCGGCGAUGUAAAAUUGAUGAAGGAAAUAGGUAUGAUAAAACGGGCUAGGGUUGAAAGAUUGAAAGCUCUGAGGAAGAAGAAGGAGAAGAUUAUUUCUUCUUCUCAGUCUAAAACCAGUAAUAAUAUGGCUGCCAUGGUUAUUACAUUGCUGUUCUUUCUUGUGGUAAUUUUCCAAGGAUGCGGUGGUUCUCAUAAUGUUUCAGGGAAGACCUAAUUUCCAGCUUCCUCUCUAUUGGUAUUUUAUUACAGUGGAUUCCUGUUCAGUAAAAACAUGUAAAUUUGAAUCAUACAUUUUUUCAUUUUAGUUUUAAUUCCAUGGGAGACACGAGAGUAAAUUUGUUGCGAUGAGAAU